ACUUCUGGCAGAUCUUGAGAGGAAUAGCCAUUACAAUCAUUAGACCUGCAUAUGAGAAUGUGUCACCUGCUGUAGCCUUGAACUUCCUCCCGUGACACCAGUAGGAAGGUUACCUUGUUGAGAACAAAAAGGCAAAGCUGCAAAGCAGGCAGAAUAUAAAAACAGUUUAUAGCACAUAUAACAGAUGGUGACAUUUUGAGGGGUAAGACUUCAUUCGCCAUGUAACUGAAGGUUGGACAGAACUGCCACUUCCCUCACUAACCCCUCAAGUGACCCCCGCGGCGCCAGGACUGAGUCUCGAACCUGCACACUAUGCAGAGGAAGACGAGCUUUGCCCUUGCGCAAGCGCGCCACCGCCGAAGAGGAAGAGCGUGAUCGCGGUCCGGUCACGUGCCCCGCGUGGGGCAGUCCGGGAAGUCCGGGAGAUGCUUCGGUUGCUGGAGAAGCUGCCGCCGGGACAGGCCCUCAAGUUUCUUCAUAAAGUAGUUGAUGGCAUAUGUGGCCGUGCGUAUCCUCGAUACCAAGAUUAUGGCAAUAUCUGGAGCUUGUUGGAGUGGAUGGAGGUUUUAGAAGAAACAGGGACGUAUUUCAAAACUGCGGUUGGCAAAAACAUAUCUGAUGAAGAGGCUGCUCAGCAGAUAAAUGAAUUAAAUUCAAGCUAUCAAGAAGCAAUCACAAAAUGUCUAAGAGGCAGAAAGGAAGAAAUCAGGAAUGCACUAGUGGAAAGAGUAAAUGCAAUCUCUUCUGCCCAGCUGCAGGAUUUUGACUGGCAGUUAAAGCUUGCUCUUUCCAGUGAUAAGAUCUCCAUGCUUCAGAUGCCACUUCUCAAUCUUGAUUUGGAUGUGAGAGAAAAUGGUGAAAUUAAACCAGUGUCUAUAGAGAUGAAUAAGGAGGAGUUGCAGAACCUAAUAAACUCACUGGAAGCUGCUAACAAGGUAGUUUUUACUGAUACCAUCUUUUCUUCCUGACUUCUCAUGUACUGAGUUUAACUGAAAUUCAUAGGAUGAUAGAACAAUUUGAGUUGGAAGGGACCUUUAAUGGUCAUCUAGUCCAGUCCCUCUGCAGUGAGCAGGGACAUCUUCAACUAGAUCAGGUGGCUCAGAGCCUGAUCCAGCUGACCUUGAAUGUGUCCAGGGAUGGGGUGAUGCCUCCUGUAGCUGGAAUAAACAGACUUUGUCAAUAGGCUUCCCUUGAUAAGGUGGCCUGUAGCAGAUACCAGCCGCAUUAUUUGUUCUGGGUAUCUUGAUGAAAACCCGACAUGAACCCAACAUUGGCAAAAUGAUAGAGUUACAGAAAGCCACACACAAGGAAGGCUGUCUUGGGUAGACUUCAGUGAUAAUUUACGACAGGGUUUUUUUUUUUUUUAAAGAUGUAAUUAGAAUCCUGGUAAGCAUUGUAGACUUGUUCAGACCACCUUAAAGUCUUGGGAGAAUAGGAGGAGAAGAAAAUGAAAUGACAAAUCUCAGAUGAGAGUUGAUUUUGAAUGAUUGGAGAGAGCUCCAGAGUUCACCCAGUGUCACAAAAUUUCAGUGGCUGGGAAUGUAUAUGGGAGAGUUGUUUGGUUGAAACAGUGUGCUUUAAUUUCCAUGGCAUAGUAAAUCGGGGAAAGCUACAAAGAUUCCACUACAGUAACCCAAGAAGAAAAAUAAUUUGAAACUUUUAUUGGAGUGUUUUGGAUUUCUUAGUAGAAAAGACUAAAAUAAGUGAUAAUUUGAAGAAAAAUUGUUGGGGGAAGUGUCACCUGACUCGCACCCUGGUGAUAACUGAAUCUUGGAGCCCCUCCUUGUUCAGUUACCUGUCAGUAUUAAUUCUGGCUCUGUUAAAAAGGAAAAUUGGGGUGGUUUUUUUUUUUUUUUUUUUAAAUCUGAAAAUCUCUUAAAUAUUUAUUGUGUAUUAUCUGAGAGAUGGAAUUCUCUGACAUGUUGCAGGAUGGAUGUGGAAGUGUAUCAACAUGUUCUAGAAAUUAGCAGCUUCUAGUUGCUUCAUGACAUUUAGCAAGUAAGGGGUUUAUUUAGAUGUUUUAUGUAAUGUGAUGUUAUAGCUGGAAUCUGUAGAACAUUUAGGAAAAACUGUCAGUAUGUGACAACUGAAAAUAAUAGUUUUAUAGCUCAUAAAGUUAAAACUAAGUUACAAUAGCACUGUUAAUAUUUUGAAUUACAAAAUACACUAAAAUUAUGUCUAUCUGUUGCUUUAAUGAGGCUGAUAAGAGACCUCUGACUAACUACACAAUUCCUAGUAAGAUAAAUGUAUUAGUCUAGAUAUAGGUGAUGGGUAUUGUGGAAUGAGAGCUAACAGCUUUCUUUCCACUGGAUUUUUUUUUUCCAAAACUAAACAAAAUCAGUAGCUUGUGAACUCUGCACUAUGCAAACAGAGAUUCUUCUGGGACAAACUUCAGUCUCCGCAUGACUUCUGUUCUGCUUGAAGGUCUGUAUGGAAACUGUGGGAUGUUGUAAUCUCCUUAUUCAGUUUUACGUGCACACAGGGAGGAAUUCACUCUAGGAAUGGUCCCUCGGUUCUACUUUGUGUGGAAGGAAUCUCACUGGACCUGGAAAUUACCGUUCUGCUUUUUGGUUACAGGGAGCUGAGGAAUGAUUUGCAUACAUUAAAUGCUAAAGAAGGUUGUUGGAAGUGAGAGUUGUGUGAGAUUGUAAAAGACAGCUGAGAGAGGGAUGGUGUAUUUUCCAGAGGAAAGACAUGUUUAUACAGUUGCAAUGUCUUCUGUAACAGAAAGCACAAAGCUGUGUUUCCUAAACUGCUUAAGUUCUGGUCUCAUCCAACUUUAAUCUUAUUUCUUC